GCUGGGAUCCCAGAGAGCUGCUGAGUCUCCAGCAAGGACGGGCGAACCUGGUCAUCCCGGGCCGGAGGCACAGGUACUGCGCCCGCGCGGGACCAGACGGGGCGACCCGAGGCCAGUGUCUGAGAUUUAGGACCGGAGCCUGAGAUCUGAGGGCCUCAUGGGGACCGAGGCUGUCACCUGUUGGAUCGUGGCUUUCCUAAGAGAUUUCACCUAGCACCAUUGUUCUUCAGCCUGGUGACGAAGCCAGCCUGAACCUGGGUUCCAGACAUGGAGUUUCUAGACCCCCAGGACCCCCUAGGGCUCCCAGCCAUGGACUUGGAGGAGCCAAAAGGCCCCAAGGUGCCCCCUGAGGACCACCCCUCCAGUACCCAGUGGGCCUCGGGACCCAGAGGACCUGCCUCCCUGAGCGAGAUGGAGCUGGAUGCAUCUGGUGUCCAGGUGCUGGUCCAGCAGCUGGAAGCUCUGCCUGGUGACUUGGGUGGCCCGUUCCCAGAUGGAGAGCCUUGUCCCCUGCACAUUGCCACUGGCCAAGGCCUGGCCACCCAGGACAGCACAGACGCUGGUGGGCUCUUGUCUGCCGACGCAGGCGGGGAUGACCUUCUGGGUCUGCUGAGGUGUGAGACAUCUCUGCCUGCCCAACCGGGACCCCCAGAUCCUCCACCGACCACACCCCGUUUGCUGCAGCCGCCUGAAGAGCCAGAGGGGGACCCAGGAUCCCCGGGGUGGAUGGAGGGCGUGUCGGCAGAGCCAGCAGACAGCAGGAGUUCCAGCAGCUCCCCAGAGCCCUGGCUGGAGACAGUGCCCCUGGUGACACAGCAAGAGCCACCUCUGGGUGCCCAGGUAACACCCCGACCCAUGAAUCCUGACCUCGGCCUACAGGGCAGCCCGGGGACCCAGGCCUGUUCCUCUUCUAUCUUCCAGAGCCCUGAGACCCUGGCCUCAUGCCCUGCUGUCUCAGAGGUUCCAGGUCCCUGUGGACACGAGGAGCUCGUGGACGGUGUUAUCUUCACUGCGAAAUAUCUGGGCUCCACCCAGCUGCUGUCGGAGCGCAGCCCGCCGCCCAGCACGCGCAUGGCACAGGCGCAGGAGGCUGUGGACCGCGUCAAGGCCCCCGAAGGUGAGACCCAACCGAUGGCAGAGGUGGACAUCUUUAUCUCCACCAAGAGGGUCAAGGUGCUGGCCGCCUACUCACAGGACGCCCUGAUGGACCACGCCCUGCAGACCAUCUCCUACAUUGCAGACAUCGGGCCUGUGCUGGUCGUGAUGGCCCGGAGACGGAUGGCCAGGAGGACCACUCCCCAGGACCGCAGUCGGCGUCUCUACAAGAUGCUGUGCCAUGUCUUCCAUUCGGAGGAUGCCCAGCUUAUCGCCCAGGCCAUCGGCCAGGCCUUCAGCAUUGCCUACAGCCAGUUCCUGCAGGAGAAUGGGAUCGACCCCAGCCAAGUGGGCACGCGGCCCUCGGAUGCUGCCAGCCACCCGCACAAUGGCGACCUGGACCACUUCUGCAACAGCCAGAACUGCAGGGAGGUCUGUAUCCAGAAGAGGCCUGGAGAGGCCCUGGGCGUCGCCCUGGUUGAGUCCGGCUGGGGCUCACUGCUGCCCACCGCUGUCAUCGCCAACCUGCUUCACGGGGGCCCUGCCGAGCGCUCCGGGGCUCUCAGCAUCGGGGACCGUGUCACCGCCAUCAACGGGACCAGCCUGGUGGGGCUGUCCCUGGCCGCCUGCCAGGCAGCCGUGCGUGAGGUGCGGCGACACUCGUCAGUGACACUGAGUAUCAUCCACUGCCCUCCGGUCACCACGGCCGUCAUCCGGCGGCCCCAUGUGCGCGAGCAACUGGGCUUCUGCGUGGAGGACGGCAUCAUCUGCAGUCUGCUGCGUGGGGGUGCGGCUGAGCGCGGGGGUGUCCGCGUGGGACACCGCAUUAUCGAGGUCAACGGGCAGAGUGUGGUGGCCAUGCCCCAUGCGCGCAUCAUCCAGCUGCUCACCGAGGCGCGGGAGAUUCACAUCAAGACGAUGCCAGCUGCCACCUACCGGCUGCUCACGGGGCAGGAACAGCCGGUGUACCUGUGAUCGCCCCGCCCACGCGUGCCUUCGUUCCGGCCACCACUUCUGUCGGCCCACGGGGACCCCAGAAUCCUCAGCCUUAUAUUACUUUCUAAUGUUAAAGAAAAUUAAAGGUUUAUUAAUUGGUCA